GUUGGUGCUGAUAGGUACGUUACCUCAUCUCACAGAGAUUCAUUUGGCUCACCAGAUGGAGCAACUUCACCAGGAGAGUUCCCAGGACAUGUUUCAUCAUCAGAGCUAGAGUGUGCAAGACCCCAGACGUCAGGUGAAGAAGAACUACAGCUUCAGUUAGCCCUAGCAAUGAGCAAAGAGGAGGCGGAGCAGGAAGAAAGGAUGAGACAAAAUGAUGAACUGCGUCUUAAGAUGGCUCUCACGGAGAGUGAAGCGCGGUACGGCCAGACCGAGAUGUCCCCUACGACAACCUCAAACCAGUCCACAAUGGAUGAUUUGUUAGGACUGAACCUGAAUAAUGAAAGCCAAGGUGGAGUUUAUAGUAGUCCAACAACAGCUGAUCCAUGGGGAAUAUCUGGGACAGGACAACCAUGUGUGGCUACAGACCCUUGGGGAACUCCAGUUAGUCAUCCUGUGACUGUUACGAGCAGUGAUCCCUGGAGCCUUCCCAUCUCCUCGCCAACAGAAACAAUUAAAGCACCAGCACCUGCUAAUACCCCAGUUGCAGCUAAUGACCCAUGGGGUGGGAUACAUUUAGUCUCAACUGCACCUACUGAUCCAUGGGGUAGCCAGCCUGUUACGGUAGACUCGCUUGAUGCUUUUGCACCAAUACCUCCACAGAGGUCAAAAUCAAUUUCUGGGGAAUUAGAUGACCUGGAUUUUAGGAACCAAGCUUCAGCAAAUUCACCAGGUGAUCAAAGAACAUUAUCUCCAAACCCUUUUGAGCUGUAUGAGUUGAAAGACUCACUUUCUCCAAAUCAGGAGCAUCUAAAACAGGAUCAAGCAAGAAAAACACCAGAGAGUUUCUUGGGACCAAAUGCAAAUUUGGUUAACUUGGAUGCUUUAGUAAGCUCUAAGCAAACUGGGCAAGCUUCAAGCACUGUUACAAAUCCAUUUGCUACACAAGCCAUUAAUAACCCCUUUGAGACUGUCAGAGCUCCACCGCCGACCAUAAACCAGUUGAGAACCCAGCAUAUAGGCUUCACUUCAGAGCCAACAUCUGUAACAGGUCCACCCCUUCCUGCCCCUCUCCUUCCACUAGAUGGAUUUACAGCGUCCUCACCAUUGCCACCAGCCAACAACCCUUUCAUGUGAAACAAUUAAUAUUUAUAAUUUAUAUGUGCUGGCAAGCACCCUUGUUUUUCCAAGUCUAUUGAAAGUUCUGGUUGAUAAAUUCAAUCAUUAUAUCGUGAGAAAAAUAUAGUUUUUCAGCCAGUUUCUGAAAGACAUGCGUCUAAUAAAAACAUAACGUACUGUAAAAUAAAGACUUGUAAUCAGCAUAGACAUAAUUUUCUUCUUGAUUUAACAUAAUGGCUUUAAGUUGGUUUUAUUUUUUAGUUUGUAAGAUGUAGUAUUAAGUAGAAAAGUAACACAUGUCUGUCUUGUGUUUUCAUCUUUAAUCACGAGUUCUUCAGAUUGCAUUUUCUUAUUUGAAUUUUGCGUAAGUUUGAUUAUAAAUGUAAAAGGACAUCUAAAGAAAUAUGAAUAUAUUGGUUUUCUGUGUUUUGAAGUAUUCAGUAAAUUAAUUUUAGUAAUAGUAGAUUUUUUUAAAAGAACUACUGGAGCAUUUAAUCAUAGCACGCGACAAUAGGAAAUCCGAUAAUUGGUAAGAACUCUUGAUGAAAACUACAAGUUCUUACCUAUCAAGUUUAAACAUUUUUGACUUGCUAAUUAUUAAGCUAAAUUAUAGUUAUGCAAGUAUUCUAGGUACGGACGAGAUAAAUAGUAGUUGUGGUCGCAUAUCAGAUUUUGGAUACCCAUCUCCUGGUAUCCAAUGAGAUUUGGGUAUUUUUGGAUUGGAUAGAUCAUAAGGUCAUACAUCACAAACGUGCACCACAGUCAUGAGCUACUACUUAAUUGUAGUAUAAUAUUAAUUAAUCGUGUUUUUUGAACAUUAGAUGAUACGCGACCAGAUCGAAUUUAUGUCCUGUCCCUUUCUAGAAGACACAAAGAAAUGUUGAAGUGCAAAUACUAAGCAGUUUGGGUUAGUAAAACUGUAGAUGUCAUUUUAUUGGCACUUGUGUAUAACAUUAAAAUAAUAAAUAACGCAAUGUCAAAAUGUAUAGACAAUUAUGAACAUAUAAUGUGGACAUUUUCCACAUCAUCAUCGAGACAUUUUAGAGGCCAUAGAUUGGCCUGAUUAUUUAAAAAUGUUCAUAAUUGUGUAUUUAUUUUGAUGUUGUGAUCUUUAUUUAUUUUAUUAAAACUGUUUUUUUAUUAAUGCUAGUAUGUGAAGUAGGUAUCACACCAAACUAACUAAAAUUAUCAAUGUCAUGUUUUAGCUAAGUGACGUUAUAUUUAUUGUUUAGGGUGGUUGUGGGAGUAAGUUAGAAAUAAAAUAUUAAUUAUUACUCUAGCUACAAGGAGUAGAAUUUGAUAACUUAGCUAAGAAUGACCAAUUUUUAAGAAAAACAUUAAAAAAAAAACUUGCCUCUUCAUCUAUUAGCAUCGCAAGUGUGAAGUUUAAUUUAUUUAAUUGAUGUAAAAGGUUUCAAAAUAAAAUGUAUUAAAAAAAGUAAAAGUCUGUUUAUAAUAAAAUACUUUUUUUUUUUUAUACCAACAAAAAAAUCACAAUGAGUAAUAAUCUUUUCAUAGUUUUACCGAAAGCACUUGAGAUGAGUCUCGGGUGUAUACCUCUACUGUUUAUUUACAGUUUAAUUGAUGAAUUAAUGGUUAAGAUUUUCUUGUAUGUGUGUGUGUGUUUUUUCUGUCAGAAAGUUAUUUAUCAUCAAAAGGUACGGUUUUUUUAACUGAUAAGAAUUUUAUCUGUAGUAUUUGUUUGGCAAAUAUAUAUAACCUUCAAUAUGAAUACUAGAUAGAAUUUUUGCUUUGAAGUGACCGUGGUGCCACGUUAAACAUAAAGUAUUGAAGUGGUUUAAAAAGUAUUGUUUUAUAUAAAGCUUCAGUUCAUGUCUGUGUAGAACUACUGUACCUAACUUCUCAUAUAAAUUAUCCUCCUACUCACUCAAUGCUACAAUUUUUUUUUGUUACAUUGCUGUCCGUUAUGGUAAGAACCAAAAAUUGGAGUGAUAAUGUAAAAACCACUUGGUAUAAGUAAUCCUAUUAAAUCUUGUACAACAUUUGAUUAAAGUUUUUGUGGUCUACUUUACAACAUAUGUACUUCAGAUAUUUUUUGGGGUAUUUUUAUAAUAUUUGUAGAUGAUUUGUACCAGAAUGUGUUUGAACUACUUGUAAACAGUAGUGAUAGGACGUAGAGUUGAAUUGAUUAAGAAUAUUUGAAAUGAACGAUUUAUUUAAUUGUCCGUGUGAUUGCUCUUAAUCUAAUAGUUGUGUGUGCAAUUUGCUGAUGAAAUUUUGUUUAAAGAAAUAAUAUUAAGCGGUACAUCCAAAAACCCGAGUUUUAAUAGAAUGUUGAGACCAUCCUUAGUUUUAAAAGUAAUGCGAAGGCUAUCACACCUUCUUAAAUUAAGUAAGUUCUCGAUCUUUGAAAAGUUAAAUCUAAUUAUUUUGUGGUAUAACACUGAUUUUUAAUGAAAUUAUGCACUUGUGGGAAAUCCGGCUAAGAAACGAUUUCGAAAGCACUAUACCUCUAUAACUUGAGAAUCUUUAAUGACAUUUAAAAACAAGAUUUGAUUAUUUUUUCUUACUGUGAAUAAUACUGUAGUAUUUUAAAUAAUUGCCAACAUGAUUUCAAUAAUUAUAAAAUGUUUACAUAGUAACAGUUCCAGCUGUAACUAAAUGCAUAGAAACACACCGUAAUCCUGGUAGCUUAAAUAUUAUCUUACUGUUUUGACAAAUAUAUCCACAGCAAUAUGCUUGAUGAGGAUGGAGCUGGUGAACCGGGUUUGAAUCCAUGCAAUAUCACAAAAGUAUUCCCUGCACUUUAAGCUGUGGGUGUAUUAUAAGAGUGAUUGUCAAUUCCUUAGCUGCUGACUGGCUACCUUCUGUUUGGUCAGUAGUUCAAAGUUAGGGACAGUCAAAGAUAGAUUUGCCAUAAAUACAAAUUUGUGACAGACAAAAUUUUUCUUUUAAGAUUCUGUUCUAUCAAUUUUGUAUGUGUGUGUGUGUAUAAAAGAAAAUAAUGCUUGUGUGCUUGCUAUAAUGUUAACUUUGCUGAAUAUUCAUGAAAAUCACUAUAACUCUUGUUGGUUUAGUUUGUGUUUUUCAGUUCAUAAUACUUGUUCAUAUCAUGAUGAUGAUUGGUUUCCAUUUCUAAAUUUUCCACAUCAGUUCUAAAAAUAAAAACUGAACACCUUGUAUUAUUUCCUAAACCGAGCAGUUAAAAUUGAUAGUGAAUGUAGUAUAGUUAUUGGAGUAUCAAGGUUUUGAAACUUUAAUAUUACAAUUUAGAAAAUCUAAAAACUUUACAAGAGUUUAAUUUUGGAAGUUUGAGUUCUUCUGUGUAUAAUAAAAUGGAAAAACAUUCUUGA